AUGAAGAACGUUUUCGAGAAAUCAUGCAAACGAGUACAUCGUUAUUGUGCUGAAAGUGGCAAGAAGCUUAUGGGCUUCGAAGGACCACGUGGUCCACCUGGUCCUCAAGGGCCUGCCGGAUCACCAGGCCGACGAGGUCCACAAGGAAAAAUUGGGCCGACGGGUUUGGUGGGAAAUGUUGGUGAGGAAGGAGCUGCGGGUCGAGACGGUCGCUGUAAUUGCACGUUUCCUGAUCUUUACGUGCAACGUGUCACCGUGCCUGGCCCUCCAAUCAUUCAGAUACACGAGAAAACCGUUCCUGUACCUGUGGUCGUUGUUAAAGAAGUUGAGGUAACAAGAUUGGUACCAUUCGAGCCCACCGCUCCUGGUUUUGGACCUCCUCCUGGUUGGUCUCCGGGCAUGGGAAGGCCAGAUCUUUCACAUACUCGAAUAUUACCUAAAUUCACAACUGUUCCUCCAACAACAAGCACUUCUACGACACCAACCACGAUAGUACCUCAACUGUCGAUUGAGUUUGUCAAUGAAACAUUCGAGGAUGUUGACAACUUUACGAUCACUCAGCCAUUAUCCACUGAACCACCAACGACCACUGAACCAUAUACUGGUCCACCAACACUUGGUUAUAACCGCAGAGAGUGCAUAUUGAACGCGGUCGGUAUACCAGUUUUACAUGCGGAAUCACAGUACAGUCCGGUUGGAUCGUGGAUGCGUGACAGUAUGCCGUAUAAUGAUGAGAUGUCUGCAAGAAGAUGGCUCACUGACGAUUACGCAUCGCCAGUCCUUUACGAGUACGAAAAUGAACGACAGCUGAUGAACAAGAAACAGCAGAUCAAAUAUUAUGUUGAUUAUUUAGCGUCUGGAACAGGAAAUAUAAUCUAUAAUGGAUCGUAUUUUUAUCAUCGACAUGGAUCGAGUUACUUGGUGCGAUAUGAUCUGGAAUCUACUGAUCAAAUACAGCAAGAUUUCGGUGAAAUCGCUUAUUUGGAUUGUGCACGAAAACAAGACCACACUUUUGAGAACUGUAAUGAAACCGAACGGGACAUUUGGCUGUAUGAUCGACCGCAUAAUUAUGUGGAUUAUGCAGCAGAUGAAAAUGGCUUAUGGGUUGUUUAUGUCAGAUCUGACAGUAUUCACAUUACUGUCAGUAAAAUUGAAAGUGAUUUUUAUGUCGUUCAAACAUGGGAUAUUACCGAAGUGAAUGCAACUGAACUUGCUGAUACAUUCAUAAUGUGUGGAGUAUUAUAUGGCUUGAAGAGUGCGACAGAUCGGGACACGUACAUUUCGUUUGCAUAUGAUCUUUAUAAGAAUGAAACAGUUGAUGUGAAUAUAAAGUGGUAUAACCCAUAUCAAGGCGUUACAAUGCUACAUUACAAUCCCAUCGAUGGACGACUGUAUUUUUUUGAUUCAAAGCGUUUACUCAGUGUUAACGUUCGUAUGGAAGAUCAAAAAAACGAACCAUUCGAUGUGAUUGAUUUUGAAUAA